GACCAAUCGAAUGAAAAUUGUUACUUAAAAACAUAUCCAUUGAGUUAUCCAAGAUGCACACAUCUAUCUACUUCAUUUUAAAUACUCUUCUGGCCUCCAACUUGGCCGGUCAAGCCUCCGCCAGUCCACUUCAGCCGCAGGUUGACCAAAUCCGCUUCCCCGAACCCGUCAGUCCCAAUACACACUGGCCCAAUUUCAAUGACAUUAUCUCCCAAGUGACCCAGCCGACCGAAAAAGAGGAAACCCUGUCAGGCUCACUGGGUCUGCAGUAUGGCCGCUGCUACUAUAUCGAGAACCGUCACGGUGACACUCUAGGCUCGGACGGUGGCGGCUACAGCUACUACAAAUUCGGAAGCUCCAAAAGAAUCUUCCAGGUGUGGUAUUCCAGAGGCUUCCCCUGGAAAGAUGGAAGCGAGUAUCAAUCCGUGCCGGACGGUGGGAAAUUCUACCUGUGGGAUCCGAAAGGAAGCAGCGUGACCAACGGCGGGAGCUGGAUUGCAACCAACCUCGGCGGCAACACGUAUCCUGGAUUUUACAGUUACUACUAUUACCUCCGCUUCAAGGGCCGUCGUGAUGAUAGCCAUGCAAUGGAGGCUAUGUCCCAGAGCGAAAACCAGAUGGGUCCAAUCAGGGUUCGGCACCCCGUUACGUUGGAAAUUGCUAAAGUCGAGCCUCCUAAUGGCAUUCCCAAUUACAAGGGAUUAACCAUUUAUAACGAUUACCUCCAGAAUCGGAAUAACGAGGAUUCGGUUGAUGUCCGCUUCAUUGAGGUCUCAUGUCCAGUCGAUGGAAUUGAUGACUAGAAAUGAUGUUGUGUACCGCGGACCUUGAGGGUUUGAGGGUCAGCUCACAUGGACACUGAAUGAGUGUAUUAUCGGCAGAUCAUGGUGGAUAGCUCUCUCAUGAAGCUCGAGAGAUUUUAAUAUCUUAAAAAGAUGGAAAAAGGGGUGAUUGGUCUA